AUGGCGUCUACAUUACAAACACAAGACUCGCCAAGACCUGGUGGUUUUCCCGCUAUUCGGUAUAAACGUAAUAUACCAAAAAGAGGUCCUUCUGGGCUUGUUAUUUUAACGGGUUUAACCGCCAUAUCUACGUUAGGUUUUUAUUGGGCAUCACAAACAAUUCAAGAGCUUCGCUGUGAUUCAUAUCGUCGUACUCGGGCAUCUUUACAGCGUGAAGCUGAAAUUAUGAAAGAUGUUCCAGACUGGAAAGUUGGCGAGAGCGUAUAUAAUACCAAGCGUUAUGUACCUCCAUCUGUAUUUGUUUUGCCAGAAAAAUGA